CGCUUGUUUCACGUUUAGUGUUGGAUGAUCGCUCUUCAUGGCUGUGAGGGAGAUUUGUGUUUGGAAAUGGCUCAUUUUAGCCCUUUUCCUCUUUGGUGUUGAGGGACAGAGAUCAGGACCAGCCUUCUUGGUGACGUUCCCUGCUGUGAUUGAGUUCGGUUCUGAUGCCAAACUGUGUGCGAGUCUGUUAAAGCCCAAUGAGAGUCUCAAGAUGACUGUUUCUCUGCUUGAUGCUACAAAUAGGACAACUCAACUUGUGCAGCACAGUUCUUUGACAGAGUUUCACCGGUGCUUUAGUUUCAAGGCUCCUCUAGGAGAUCUGGAAUCUGUGCAGACGCUUAAGGUGGAAGUUCAAGGGAGGGUCUUCAAAAUGACAGAAGAGAGGAAGAUCAUGUUCGGAUUUUACCCACCCUUGACCUUUAUCCAAACAGACAAACCCAUCUACAAUCCAGGACAAAUGGUGAAUUUCAGAGUUGUGACCAUGAAUGCCAAAUUUGUGCCCCUUGAUCAAAUGUACAGUCUUGUGGUGGUGGAGAACAAUCAAAAUAACCGGAUUGGUCAGUGGACAAACGUUUCCUCAACGGGUUGGAUAUUGCAGCUUUCUCACGAGUUAAACCCAGAGGCUCAGAUAGGCAUGUACACACUAAAGGCUUUUAUUGGUGACAGAACAAUCUCCCAGGAUUUUGAGGUGAAAAAAUACGUUUUACCCAAGUUUGACGUGGCUGUAAAAACACCACAGACGUACAGCGUUGGAUUUGUGGGACUGAAAGUUGAGGCUUGUGCCAAAUAUACAUAUGGGCAACCUGUACCUGGUCAAGCAUUGGUGGAAGUAUGCCGUGAGCCAUAUCGGUUCUCUGAGGUUCCUGGCCUGACUCGUCUGUGCCUGAAUAAAACGGUUAAGAUGAAUGCCACAGGCUGUGCCUCCCUUACCUUCAGUACAUCUGUGUUUUUCAACACCAAAUUUGAGAGAAACCUGGAAGAUUUGUUUCUUGUUAACUUGAAUAUCACUGAGGAGGGAACGGACUUAGUUGUAUCCAAAUCCACAACUGUGUCCAUUACGUAUGAAGUUGGGAAUAUCAAAUUUGUGGAGCUCCCAGAGUCUUUUAGAUCUGGAUCAAUGAUUGCUGGAAAGGUCUUGGCAUCUUUUUUCAACGGGACUCCAAUUGCAAACAAAGCCGUGUAUCUCCUGAAUGGUAACAGUUGGCCUGAUGAGCUGCUGCUGAAUCUAACCACUAACCAGAACGGACUGGCCACAUUCUCCCUCAACACUGCUAAACUUCCCAAGGCCGAUCUAAAUCUGGUGGCAAGCGCAACUCCAGCAAGUUAUGAUGGUUUUAAAUCCCCAUACUUCAGCACAGAUAGGAGGGUUGUUCAGCUUCUCCAACCUUCUGCUCCUGACAGCCAAAAAUUCAGUGAACUGACUAUAGUGAAGCUUGAGCAGCCGCUCAAAUGUGGUGCUGCGUUUCCAGUGACCAUCAAGUAUUCUUUCAUUGGAGAAACUGGCAACUACAACACUGACAUCAUCUAUAUGGUCUUGUCCAGAGGAGUGAUCGUCCUCCAUGGCCUUCAGACGGUCACCGUGAGGGCUUCUAAUACCGUCACGACUGGCUCCGUGUCGUUCCAACUGUCUAUCGGUGUUGAUAUGGCUCCGGUAGUGCAGAUUCUGGUCUACUGUGUUCUGCCCAGUGACAGCGUAGUUGUUGGUACAGCGGUGUUUGAAACUGAAAUGUGUUUUCAAAACAAGGUGUCUCUACAGUUCUCUCCUGCUAAGGCGGUUCCUGGUGAGGAAAGCGUUCUGACCGUCUCUGCUCAAGCGGGAUCCCUGUGUGGCCUCAGCGCUGUUGAUCAGAGCGUCCAGAUCUUGAAGCCAGGGACGCAACGCCUGAGUCCUGAAAUGGUGUUUAACCUGCUCCCGGUGCGGUCGCAAUCAGGUUAUCCAUACGAAGUUGAGGAUCAACAGGAGUGUCUUACACUUCGACCCCGUCGAGCUGUUCCUGCAGAUCAUGCCUAUACAGGUUUCCAGAGUGUGGGGUUGAAGCUCGCAACAAAUCUAAAUGUACGAGAACCUGAUUGUCUGAAGUACAAAGACCUGGUUUAUUAUCGUAAUUACCCCAGAAGUAGGUCUAUGCAGUUAUACACCUUCUUUGAAUCGCGGCCCUUUAUGGCAUCCCUUGCUGUAUCAGCACCACAAAGUGGGAGCAGCUCCACCAAUGAUGUGACCGUCAGGGUUUACUUUCCAGAAACCUGGAUCUGGCAGCUUGCUCAAGUGGGAGACACUGGAUCCACACAAGUUCCCCUCAAGGUUCCUGACACAAUCACCACAUGGGAGACGGAGGCGUUCUGCCUGUCUUCCAAAGGUUUCGGUGUUGCUGCUCCUGCUCUGCUGACGGUCUUCCAGCCCUUCUUCCUGGAGCUCUCGCUGCCGUACUCCAUCGUCCGGGGCGAGUCUUUUGAGCUCAAGGCCACGGUCUUCAGCUAUCUGCCCGAGUGCAUCAUGGUUCGAGUGACUCCAGCUCAAUCCUCGGGCUUCACUCUGAAACCAUUGAAUGAUCUGUAUUCAUCCUGUCUUUGUGCCAAAGGGAGAAUAACCCUUAAAUGGGGUUUCACAGCUUCUCUCCUUGGAGCUGUUAAUGUGACUGUCAAUGCUUCAGCUGAACCAUCCCAGAAUCGAUGUGGCACUGAGGUCGUGACUGUGCCAACGAGAGGACGCAUUGACGUAGUCACUCGAAGUCUACUUGUCCUGCCUGAAGGAGUUGAAAGGACAAACACCCAGAGUUGGUUACUGUGUCCAAAGGGAAAUCUCCUUUCUGAAGAUGUGACUCUGACGUUUCCUGCAAAUGUGAUCCAGGGAUCAGCCAAAUGCUCAGUUUCAGUCCUAGGAGACAUAAUGGGUCGUUCACUGAAUAAUCUAGAUGGGUUAUUAAGGAUGCCAUAUGGCUGUGGAGAACAGAAUAUGGGUGUUCUUGCUCCAAAUAUUUACAUACUGCAGUACCUGGAAGGCACGAGGCAACUCACCGCAGCCAUCCGAGAGACGGCCACAGGCUACAUUCAAAGAGGAUACCAAGGACAACUAAACUACAGGCACAGUGAUGGAUCAUACAGCACAUUUGGUUAUGAUGAAUCGAAUACAUGGUUGACUGCCUUUGUCAUGAGAUCUUUUGGGCUAGCGAGGGGCUUCGUCUUCAUAGAUCCGAAUGUCCUUCAGAGUGCAAAGGAUUGGUUGAUCAGCCAGCAGGUUUCGGACGGCUGUUUCAUGCAGCAGGGAACUCUGUACCACUAUGAACUGAAGGGUGGAGUUGAUGAUAACAUUACCAUGACCGCCUACAUCACUGCAUCACUGCUUGAGAUGGGCGUCCCCUCCACGGAUCCCGUCAUUACCAACGCUCUGUCUUGCUUGAGGCGUGUUGUUGGGAACGUGGGAAACACUUACACAACGGCUCUUCUGGCCUACACCUUCAGUCUGGCUGAAGAGACCACCACUCGAUCACAGCUUCUAACCACCUUGAAGAAUCUAGCCAUUUCUGAAGGCACUAAACUCCAUUGGUCUCAGACUACAUCUGGUGAUACUGUGGCGGUGGAGAUCACCUCUUACGUGCUGCUAGCGGUUCUCAAAGUUAAGCCCCUCACAACGGCUUCUCUGAGCUAUGCUAACCGCAUUGUCAACUGGCUGGUGACCCAGCAGAAUCCCUAUGGAGGCUUUUCCUCCACCCAGGACACUGUGGUGGCUCUUCAUGCCCUGUCUGUGUAUGCUGCUCAAGUGUUCAGUUUGGCUGGGUCCAGUACCGUACAGUCCUCAGUAGUAGGCGGAGACUCUUAUAGCUUCAAUGUGAGUCGGGACAACAGGCUGCUGUAUCAGGAGAAGCCGCUGAAGAAUGUUCCUGGCAAAUAUAGUAUUAAAGCGUCAGGAUCCGCUUGUGUGUCUGUGCAGACUGCGUGUUUCUACAACAUCCCGACACCUAUUAAAGUCUCCAGAACGCUGAGUGUCGAAGCGAAGGUGACUGGAGACUGCAGACCGCUUGGGGCUAAUCUUAUGUUGAACUUCACAGUGAAAUACAAUGGUGCACAAGCAAGUACUAACAUGGUUAUCGUGGACAUAAAGCUCCUGUCGGGCUUCACAGCAGAUACGUCACCGCUUGGUUCUCCACCCAAAUCGUUUGCUCCGCUAGUGGAGCGGGUUGAUGCUGAAGAUGAUCAUGUCCUAGUGUAUCUGAAAGAGGUUCUCAAAAGCUUCCCCAUAACUUACACACUACGGCUAAAACGGGUUCUUGCAGUCAAAAAUCUCAAGCCAGCAGUUAUCAAUGUUUAUGACUACUAUCAGACAAGUGAUCAGUUUGAGACCACAUAUACAUCCCCUUGUCCAUGAUUGUGCAGUAGUACAAAACUGGCUACAAACAUGAAUCAAAUAAA